AUGAGUGAAGAGAAAAAAUUAACUAAGAAGCAAUUAAAGGCUCAACAAUUCAAGAAAUCGAAAGAUGAACGUGAACAAGAUAAGAUAAAAUUAGAAGAAGAAAAGACGAAGAAAAGAAGUAUAGAAGAAGAACAAGAGGAACCUCUUAAGAAGAAGAGGAAAACACGUAGAGGUCGUAAGGGUAAGGGCAAGAACGGUACUGGUGGUGGUAAUAGAUUUAUUGUAUUUGUUGGUGGGUUACCUCGGGAUAUUACACCAACUGAAAUUCAAUCACAUUUUAAAUCAAGUUCACCUGACCAUAUUAGAUUGAGAAGUGAUAAGGGAAUUGCAUUUUUGGAGUUUGAUGCUGAGAAAGAUAAGACUGGGAUUCAAAGACGAAUGGAUGUUGCAUUAUUACAACAUCGUACUUUAUUGAAAGAAAAGAGAAUUAAUGUUGAAUUGACAGUUGGUGGUGGUGGGAAUAGUAAAGAUCGUCUUGAAAAAUUAAACAAGAAGAAUAUUAAAUUAGAUGAAGAACGUAAAGAAAGACUAACCAAGUUGAUUAAAGAUAGUGCCCAAAAGAAGAGUGAGCAUGCUUCUUCUGCCCAUGCAGCAUCUGGUGAUUCAUCAUCAACAACUACUGUUCGAGGAUUACAUCCUGAUAGAGCAAAACUUCUUGCGAAACAAUAA